UCCAAUACCAUAGAUAAAAAGAUGGAUAGCAUAGACAAAAGAUGGGAAGUUCUCGGCGGCAAUAACAACUGGGAUGGCCUAUUGGAUCCUCUCGAUUACGAUCUUCGUCAAUACAUCAUUCACUAUGGAGAAAUGGCUCAAGCAACUUACGAUUCCUUCAAUGCAGAGAAGGCAUCAAGGUAUGCAGGAAGUUGCCUCUAUGCAAAGAAAGAUCUUUUCGCUAAGGUUGGCCUUGAGAAUGGCAAUCCCUUUAAGUAUCGUGUGACAAAAUACCUGUACGCGACAUCAUCGAUCCAACUUCCUGAGGGUUUUAUCUUAAAAUCGUUCUCAAGAGAGGCAUGGAGCAAGGAAUCAAAUUGGAUGGGUUAUGUUGCUGUGGCGACAGAUGAAGGAAAAGUUGCACUAGGAAGAAGGGAUAUUGUGAUUGCUUGGAGAGGAACAGUUAGGAGUUUGGAAUGGGUUAAUGAUCUUGAAUUUGUUUUAGUCUCAGCACCUAAGAUUUUCGGUGAAAAUGAUGAUCCUAAGGUGCAUCAAGGUUGGUACUCCAUCUACACAACAGAUGAUUCAAGAUCACCUUUCAACAAGACCAGUGCUAGAGACCAGGUUCUGGACGAGGUCAGGAGGCUGGUGGAGGAAUUCAAAGAUGAGGAAAUUAGUAUAACUGUAACAGGUCACAGCUUGGGUGCCGCGGUGGCAACCCUUAAUGCGGUGGACAUAGUUGCUAAUGGAUUCAACAAAUCUCUAGAGAAUCCAGGCAAGGCUUGUCCUGUCACAGCCUUUGUGUACGCGAGCCCUCGAGUUGGGGGGCAGGGCUUCAAAAAGGUGUUCUCUCAGCAACAAAACCUUCGAGUCCUACGCAUUCAUAAUUCCCUAGAUGUUGUUCCAAAUUAUCCAUUGCUAGGUUAUGCCGAUGUCGGCGAAGAGUUGCGAAUUGAUACAACUAAAUCAAAGUACCUGAAAAAUCCUGGAAAUUUGUCAUCUUGGCAUAGCCUGGAAUGCUACAUGCAUGGAGUCGCGGGAAAACAAGGGCUUCAAGAAGGAUUCAAGCUGGUGGUGAAUCGUGAUGUUGCACUUCUUAACAAAUAUAUGGAUGUAUUAAAGGAUGAACAUUGUGUACCGGUUUCUUGGUGGUGUAUUCAGAAUAAAGGCAUGGUUCAACAGGCAGAUGGAUCAUGGGAGCUGGAGGAUCAUGAAGAUGAUGAUUUCUGAUCCAAAAAGGAAAAAGAAAAAAGAAAAAAGAAAAACCAUCUUCA